AUGUUCAAAAUAGGAGUACUAUUUGUAAUUGUAGCUUCAGCCUUGUCAGCUGAAAUACCAUCACAUUUGGACAAGGAUCCUUACAAGCCUGAUAUUGAUGUUGAGACUCACGCUAUUAAUAAUGUACCUUCAAAACUUGACCUGGAACGUCAUCCAGUAUACAGAUCAGAAGAACUUAGAAGUACUGGCCGAGCAAGAAUAGAACAAGUGCUAGUUCAGGGAGGCAAUGUGAAACAUGAUAUGUUAGCUGAUGAACCAGCUCCGGCCACAGAAGUUAAUAGAAUCGAUUCAGGUUUUCCAUUCUCUGCUCCUGUAGAAGUAGCAUAUCCAGAUAUUCCUUACGCUCCAGGUUAUGGAUAUCCAAGUAACGGAUAUACUGCACAAAGCAGUUAUGACGUAUAUGGCAACAAUCCAUCUGAUUACUAUAUGGAACCAGACACAUCAUCUUUUGGAUUACUUUGGAGCCAAGUACCUGAUUCGAGGACCCUGGUUAGCUACGCUGGAAGAACCAUUGCUUGGAUAUUCAGCAGUAUAUUUGUAUUAAUGAUAGGAUCUUUCCUAACUGUAGGCGUAUGUACUUAUACUAACUUAUGCAAGAUUACCUUCAACGGAGUCGGGCCUAUCCAUGAAGAGAUGCGUUCGCUGAUUACACCAGAGAGGUUGGAAAAAAUCAGUCAUGCUGCCGAUUUUGUGAAAACCGCAAUAGACAAAUAUCAAAAAAUUAAAAUGGUUGAACCCGGAACAAGAAAACGGAGAGGUACUUUCUACUGA